CCCCUCGGUCCCUUCUGUGUCCUCCCCGCUCCUUGGCGGGCCAAGGAUCUGGCCUUUCCUCCGGCUGAGUUACCGCCAUCCCGGGGGACACCCUCUGCCACAGCAAUCCCUCGCCCUGCCACCAGGCCCCUUGGAAAUCAGCCAUUAGAAGCUCAAUUCCUGCCUCUAAUUUGGCCAAUGGGUAAAAAUACCUGGUAAUUCAAGAUGAAAAAUCUGACAAUUUGCCCUUCCCCUGGCCCGUGUUUCCUCUGAGAGACAUGAACCGAUGGACGGGCCCUGCCUGGAAUUGAAUACUACAGUCUGUCAGAUCGCUGGGUUCCUAACGACAUGUGGCUCCUGUCAGCAAGGUUACGCAAACAGCCGCUGAUAAAACGACUUCCAGGUUGCUCUUUCCAAGGCCGGAGCGUACAGGCCGUUGAACACAGGGCCCAGAUGAGAGAGAGUGUGUGUGUGUGUGUGUGUGUGAACCUCCUGGCAGCGACACACACCGUACGGCACUGCCCGAUGACAGCUGGGGCCUUGGUGCCAUGGUACAGGCUGGGUUAAUGACUUUGUUUAUACUGUUGGGGUGAUGGUGAUAAGGCUGCCCAACCCGCCAUCCCCCUCCCUGCACCGCUGGCGCUUCAUUGAGAAAACAGCCGUUGACGCCGCGCCGAGAACUCGUUUGCCCCAGCCAAUCAGCCCAGGGAUGGCUGGGGUUUUUUUGUUGUUUUUUUUUUUUUUUUUAAUGAGGACUGCUUAAUCACAGAGCGGUCAAGGCUGUGGAGGGGUGUUUCACUGGUGACCCAGCCUUAUAAGAGCUGCUUUGAGCAGGCACGGGCUGGCAGAGCCGAGAGGACGGGGAGAGAAUCCAGCCUGCGACAGAGGGUUUGGGAGGGAUUUUACGUCUCUCUCCCAUCUGCUGUAGCAGGACCUGAGUUUCACCGAGGAUCCGGCCACUCGGCACAGUUAUGACCACCAGCGGCAUGGACGUGGACUGUGAGAGGUGCCAGUGCCACAGCGACGACAAGCGCACCGCCAUCCUCUACACCCUCCUCAGCCAGAACCUCAACCAUAGCCGGGGCAGCCGCAGCCCAGCCCACCAGCGCUGCCUCUGCCACCAGCGCCGGACCGUCUGCCUCCGCACACCCCACGUCACCUGCCAGGCAGCCUCCAACGUGCUGGUAAAAACCAUCAACUUCAUGAAAAACCUCCCUUCCUUCCACCUGCUGCCGCGAGAGGAUCAACUCCUGCUGCUGGACAGCUGCUGGGUCCCUCUUUUCCUCCUGGGGCUCGUCCAGGAGAUGGUGACCUUCGAGGUGAUGGAGACCCCGGCCCCCAGCAUGCUUAAGAAGAUCCUCCUCGACGGCCAAAGCAAACGAGAGGAGCCCGAGCGGAUGCAGCCCACGCUGGCCGCCGUGCAGCGGCUACAGUGCUGCCUCAACACCUUUUGGAGCCUGGACCUGAGUCCCAAGGAAUAUGCCUACCUGAAAGGAGCCAUUCUCUUCAACCCCGAUGUCCCUGGGCUGAGGGCCUCCCUGUACAUCGAGAGCCUCCAGCGGGAAGCCCAGAGAGCGCUUCAGGAGGUCCUGCAGCCCCUGCACCCCAAGGACCAGGGCCGCUUUGCCCGCAUUUUGCUGAUCACCUCCACCUUAAAAUCGAUCCCUCCCACCCUCAUCACAGAUCUCUUCUUCCGACCUGUCAUCGGCAACGCUGACAUCGUCGAGCUCAUCGCAGAAAUGCUGUACGAAAUAACCGGCGGGCAGCUGGCUCCUGCGGCACACGUGGCUUGCUGAGCAACCGUGCUUGCCCGCUGGCCCCGUGGAUGCUCCCCAUGCCUCGGCGGGCAGCAAAGCGAAUCUGGGAGCGGGGAUUUAGCGAGAGAAGUGCUCUGGACUCUGCGGGGAAUUGCGCGUUUCGGUAGGGCUGAGGUCAGGGGAUUCAGCCAGGCUGCAGCAGAGCGCAUGGAGAAACGGCUCUGGUUCAGCAGAUGUUUACAGCAGCUCCUGCUCCACCUGUGCCCGUCUCCGUUUCAGGGAUCGUGUGUGUGGGUGAGGGGUUUCUUUCCCUGUUUGUAGCCAGAGCCACCAGCCAACUGCAAACAGAGCACAGAGCGGGUCGGGUUAGAGCCCGGUCCUGGUUUUUACUCAACAAAUCCUUGGUCCUAUUGAAAUCAAUGUGCAUUUUGCUGUUGACUCCAAGAGAUGAGGUUUGUCCUCAACUAACAGCUUGAUUCUGAGGUGUUUAGGCACACUGAAAAACAUGUCUUCAGUGGUGUCGCUUACCAAGUGCAAACAUUAGGGAAUUAGGUCUGGGUGAAGUCUUGGUCUGUCUAUUGUGCUUGAAAUCUUAGAAAUAUUCAUGAAAGAUCUUCCUCAGGCACCAAGAGGGAAAAAGCCAGAGUAUUAAAUCUUACAGGGUGUACAGAUUCACCCCUCUUACUUUUUCUUAGAUUGUUUCUUUUCUCCGCAAUGCCAUGAAAUACAACAGGACUGCUCGCAGGGCAAUGGGUUACCUAAGACCACCUAAACCUAUUGCACAUCAUUUUGGGCUGUAGGCUUACCUCUGUUUGUGUGACAAUAAGUGAACCCUGAGCUGUGAACGCUGCAGAGAUGAGCGGAGCUUGUUUGGUGGUACAACCAAAUGUCCCUCCCUGGAGUUACAGCCAGGUGCAAGCGUAGCAUGCCUGGAAAGCUUGCUCCUCCUGCCUGCAGCUUCUGCAACA